UGUUUAUCGUGGCAAUGUCAGAAUAAUCCAUGUCAAUCUAUUUUCUCAAGGACAUUUGUUUGUCUGGGCGUCGCUAUUGACGCGAAUGAGCUCCAGCUCUGAAUAAAUGAAUGAAAACAUGAGCAUUCAGUAUACCGCCUGAUACAUGUGCUCCUCUGCCGAUGAGACAAAUUGCUUACAGAAUAUCUAGGCCAAAUUACCCCAAGUAGAACAUCCAGGGACUGGUUGCCAAGCUUGUUAUUUGAUAGAGCAAUCUGCGGCUAUCAAUAUGAAAACCUUAGCGUUUUCACCUCAUUGCACUUUCUCCAUCACUAUACGCUAUUAUCACGUUCCCACCCUCCAGAUCUUGGCCAUGCCACUCAAUCGUAUAUAAAGACUAGCUAGAGUCGUCCUGUUCUCACUUCUCACCACACAGCUCUACUUCAUUCUUUCAUUUCUAACACUCUCGUUUCGUAUGGUCUCUUAUUUGACAGUCAAGAUGCGGUUCAUCACUUCGAUCUUUUUAGCUUCGUUGGCUGUGGCAGCCCCAGUGGAUCUAGAGGCUCGCCAAUUUGGUGGUGGCUUGUUCGGUGGUGGUGGUCUCGGUGGCGGAGCAGGAGGUUGCGCUGAGGUUAUCUUCAUGUUUGCACGUGGUUCAACUGAGCCCCCAACCAUGGGCAUAUUGAUUGGACCCCCUCUUGAGCGAGCCUUGGAGAGGCAAAUCCCCAGCCUUAAGACCGUCGGUAUCAACUACGACGCUGCUAUCAUGGACAACGUGUCCCGCGGUGGUACAACUGCAAAGCAGAUCAAUACUGCCACUCAGGCCUUCAACCAGCAAAUGUCGCAGUGCCCUGACGCAAUCUUCGUCGCCAGCGGCUACUCUCAAGGCGCCGCUCUCAUGCACCGAACCAUUGAGAAGAUGCCUCAGGCGCAGAAGGACCGCAUCGCCGCCGUCGUCCUCUAUGGUGACACCCAGAACCAGGAGGACAAUGGCCAGAUCCCCAACUUCCCCCGUGAGAAGGUCAAGAUCUUCUGCAACGCCUCCGAUGGCGUCUGCGGCCGCAGCCUGACGGUCAACGCUGGCCACUUGUCGUACUCUGGUGAUAUCCAACCCGGUGCGCAGUUCCUCGCCCAGGGUGUCCAAAGGCUCAAGCAAGGUGGCGGUGUCUCUUCUAGUGGCUCUACUGCUUCGACAUCUGGCAGCCUUGGUGGGCUUGGAUCAGGCGGUCUCGGUAGCCUCUUCGGAGGCAGCUCUGGCGGCUUCGGUGGCAUUUUCGGUCGCCGCUCUUAAGGGAGAAGCUACCGCUUCUGCAUCCUUCCAAAUGGCACGGCAAUUGCGCCAUUUUCGCAUGCGUUGCGCUGAAGUGUAGUGCCGCAUAUGUACUUGAAGGCAACGGAA